AUGGAAGAUUCAGGGAGUGAAAAACAGCGGAUGUUACGACGCCACCACCGCGAGAAGAAAGAGCUACAGGCCCGCAUUCAGCUCAUGAGGAGUUCGGUCCCCAAGAGCGACAAGAAGAAAAGAAAGCAGUUGCUUCUCGACGUGGCCCGCCUUGAGGCCGAGAUGGAGCAGAAGCACCAGCAGGAGCUGGAGAAGUUCCAAGAGGAUUUCCCUGGUAUCAGCAACCUUGAUUCUGUCACUGAAGAUCUAGCCAAGAUGGAUCUUGAGAACCAGCCUCCGCACCUCCUCAGGGCACAGAGAAAGCGCGAAAGAAGGGUUGCCCUCGAGAGAACACGCCAGGAGAGGAUUGCGGAGGUUAACAUGGAGUAUCUGGCCAGCUUCCGCCAAGACGAGGAAGAGAAGCUCGGCGCCAUCCUGGAGGCCAAGCAUCUGGAGAUGAAGGAUAUGCCGACUGAUAGCCACUGCAUGUAUCGUGCCAUCCAAGACCAGCUGGUGUUCUCCGUAACCGUGGAGAGCCUGCGGAACCGCACUGCCGAGUACAUGCGGAAGCACAUCGAUGAUUUCUUGCCUUUCUUCAGCGACCCCGAAACCGGUGACGCCUACAGCCGCGACCGCUUCUUUAGCUACUGUGACGACAUCGUGUCCAGUGCAUCGUGGGGAGGCCAACUGGAGCUGAGGGCCCUGUCACACAUCCUGCAGACCCCCAUCGAAGUGAUCCAGGCCGACUCGCCAGCCAUCGUCAUUGGAGAGGAGUAUACCAGGAGGCCGCUAAUCCUGGUCUACGUGCGCUACACCUGCAACUUCGGGGAGCACUACAACUCCGUGAAGCCGCAGGAGGCCGGCGCCACUGGGGGCGCAGCCCCUCGUCUCUUCUAG